AUGCAACCGUCCGUCCCCUCUCCCCCCUCUCCCCUCUCCCUCCCCCUCUUUCCCCCGCCCCUUCCCCCACACGGUCAGGAGGGCAGCGUGCGUGACCUGGUUGCUCAGCUCGUGGCGGAGUCGCUGGCAAAAACUUUUCCCGACCUGUCCGAUCUGGAGCCGCUGGUUACCACGUGUAACAACCCGAAGUUCGGGGACUACCAAUGCAACAACGCCAUGGGCAUCUGGUCGCGCAUCAAGGGGUCCACCACCGAGUUCAAGAACCCCAAUGCCAUCGGCCAGGCGAUUGCCAAGAACCUGCCGCCCUCCCCGAUGGUGGAAAAGACGAGCAUCGCUGGCCCGGGCUUCGUGAACAUCGUCUUAACGCAAGCCUGGCUGGAAGACCACGUGUCUGGCGUCUUGAAGGGCGCUGGCAUCGCUGCGUGGGCUCCUAAACUGCCCGUGGCGCAAGCAGUGGUGGAUUUCUCGUCGCCCAACAUCGCCAAGGAGAUGCACGUGGGGCACCUCCGGUCCACCAUCAUUGGUGACACGCUGGCCAGGAUGCUCGAGUACUGCCACGUGGAGGUGCUCCGGAGGAACCAUGUCGGCGAUUGGGGCACCCAGUUCGGCAUGCUGAUAGAGUAUCUAUUCGACAAGUUCCCCGACUGGGAAACCAUCGGCGAUCAGGCCAUCGGAGAUCUCCAAGUCUUUUACAAGGCGGCCAAGAAGCGCUUCGACGAGGAUGCAGAGUUCAAGGAGAGGGCGCAGAGGGCGGUGGUGAAGCUGCAGGGGGGCGAGGAGGAGUACCGUAAGGCAUGGGCCAAGAUCUGUGACGUCAGCAGGAAAGAAUUCGAUUUGGUUUACCAGCGGCUGGGCAUCAAACUCGAGGAGAAGGGCGAGUCGUUCUACAACUCGCGCAUCCCUGCAGCACUUGAGAAGCUCAAAGCAGCCGGGCUGGUGGUGGAGAGCGAGGGGGCGCAGUGCAUAUUCGUGGAGGGGCAUAAGGUGCCUCUGAUCGUUGUGAAGAGCGACGGAGGGUUUAACUACGCCACCACCGACCUUACCUGCCUGCUCUACCGCAUAGAGGAGGAGAAGGCGGAGUGGGUCGUCUACGUCACGGAUGUUGGGCAGUCGCAGCAUUUUGACAUGUUUUUCAAGGCGGCCCAGAAGGCGGGCUUCUAUGCGGGCAAGGCCAAGAAGGGUAAGGCAGCAGCAGCGACUGAGGAAGGGAACACAGCACCCGCUAUCCGCGUGGACCACGUGGGGUUCGGGCUGGUGCUGGGCGACGAUGGGAAGCGGUUCCGCACGCGCAGCAGCGAGGUGGUGCGGCUGGUGGACCUGCUUGACGAGGCUGUUACCCGCGCCAAACAGGGGCUCGUUGAGCGAGGUCGAGAGGGCGAGUGGAAGGAGGAGGAGGUCAAUGCAGCAGCGGCUGCGCUGGGCUAUGGAGCAGUCAAAUACGCUGAUUUGAAGAACAACCGGCUCACCAACUACACGUUUGAUUAUGACCAAAUGCUCGAUAUGAAGGGCAACACUGCAGUCUACCUGCUGUACGCACACGCACGUAUCUGCUCCAUCAUUCGCAAGUCUGGGAAGAACGUCCAGGAGAUUGUUCAGAGUGGAACCAAGCUCAGAUUGGAUCAUCCGAGUGAGAGGGCUCUUGCGCUCGAGCUCAGCCGAUUCUCAGAGACGUGCGAUGCGACGCCCGAGGAGAUUAAGCGCGCGUACUACGCGUGCAUGAAGGCGUGCCACCCGGAUCUCAGCAACAACCACCCCGACAGCGUCACCUUCUGCUCCUUCGUCAAUGAGGUCUACGAGGUACUGAGUGAUCCCGAGAUGCGGCUCGUGUAUGAUGAAAUUAAGGGGUAUUCGCUGACGUCGAUCAAUCCGUUCAUGGACACGCGGCACGAGAAAGACCAAGUGUUCGUCGACGAGUUCACGUGCAUUGGUUGCAAGAACUGUGCUAAUACCGCGGAGGAUACAUUCGAGAUCGAGGAGAUGUGGGGGCGAGCGCGCGUGUGCAACCAAGGCGGCAACGCGCCUCUCCAAGCGCGCGUGUGCAACCAGGGCGGCAACGCGCCCUCCAAGGUCCAGGAGGCUGUUGAGACAUGCCCCGUGUCAUGCAUUCACUGGGUCACAUCGCCACAGCUCGCUCUGCUGGAGGACGAGAUGAGGCGCAUGGAGCGAGUGAGCGUCGCUAUCAUGCAGGCUCAGAGCAGCCGCGGGGCCGAUGUGUUCAUGCAGGCCAACUCCAGAUGGGAGAAGCGACGCAAUAAAGCACUGUCCAAGGCAAAGGCGCAGGCAGCAAGGGAUGGGAAGGCAGGCAAGUACAACAAGCCGCUGUGGGAGACCAUGGGCGAGGCCAUGGGGAUGGGCGGGGAGCAAUCUUCCUGGAGAGGUGACGGGGAAGGCGUGUAUGAUAAGGCUGCUAGUGGUAACCCUAUCAACCAGGAGAAAGUCAGGCGGGCGGCGGCAGCGGCUAGGAGGUGGAGGGAGUAUUCGAGACAGGGGGUGGAUCGGAGGAGGAGGAUGUUCCUUGCUGCUGAGUCAGGGGGGUCGGAUGAAAGCGCUGGGGAGGAGGAAGGAGGCGAAGAGAAAGUGGAGAAGGGGAAGGGGAAGCAGGCAGAGGAGAGGGACAGGGAGCCUGUUGCUUUGUAG